UACGUGCCACCCCACGCGUGUUAUAAGCGCGCGCAGUCAGAGUGAUGCAGCAGAUCACCGGUCUCUCAUCAUCUGAACUUCAGGUCUCAUCUAGACUGAACUCUCAUCUUCUGAUCUCUUGAGAAAACUUGUGUCAGGUGAAAGAUGCGCGGAGGAUUUAUACAGAUGCUGAAGAAGAGGAAGGAGCUGAUUCCUUUAAUUGGAUUUGUGGGCUGUGCUGCGCUCGGAGCGACAACAGCUCCAAUUUACUUCUUAUUCACCAAACCCGAUGUCAUUUUAAACAAGACAAGAAAUCCAGAGCCCUGGGAGAAACUGGACCCAUCAAAACCACAGAAGGUAAGACAACACACUACUGAGAAUUAUGGUCCAGUUGCGCUAAGUUAAAACUGCCUAGUCUCACUGACUGGC